CGCGCGGCAACCGUUGUUGCGUCCUAUGUAUCACGACGCUCUCUACUUUCCACAGUAGGGAAAGACUGUUUAUGUGGGCGAUAACGAUAGAAACAAAACGACAUUUACAAAAGAAGAGAGAAACCGAUGUAUGCUUAUCUAUCUAAGAAAAAAAUAUUCCUCAAGGAUAGAAAUCCACUAAAGAAUAUGAUAAGAGACGGAAAGAUAAUUCUCGGUUUUUACUUCACAUAGCUGCAUUUCUUUCCACCUUUAGUGAACAGUGAUUUCUUUUCUUCAACAUAAUGACUACUGACAUAGUAGCGAUGUUAAAAGAACCGCAAAUGACGAAAAUAUGUGCCCCAAUGGUUAGAUACAGCAAGUUACAAUUCAGAACGCUUGUGAGGCGUUAUGCGUGCGACAUAUGUUUUACACCUAUGAUCAUGGCGAAUUCGUUUGUACAAUCUUCAAAAGCUCGAGAGAAUGAAUUUACCACAUAUAAAGAGGACAAACCGUUGGUCGUUCAGUUUGCAGCCAAUACUGUUAAUGACUUUGUCAGUGCCACAGAAAUGAUCGCACCGUAUGGCGAUGGCGUAGACUUGAAUUGCGGCUGUCCGCAGCGUUGGGCUAUGAAAGAUGGAUAUGGCGCCGAUUUAUUGAGGAAACCAGAGCUAGUGAGCGAUUUGAUAUGUCAAGUCAGAAAUCGCAUUCCAAAACCAUUCGCUGUGUCUGCAAAGAUACGAUUGUUGAAAGACAUACGCGAAACAAUAAUGUUGUGUCAAGCUUUGGAAAAAGCUGGCGCUUCGUUUUUAACAAUCCAUGCAAGGACCCCUGAGAUGCGUAAUGAACCGAUCGAAUUAGACAGUCUCAAGCUUCUUAGAGAUUGCGUGCGUCUGCCACUUGUUGCGAAUGGCGAUGUAAAGGACUUGGAAAGUGCGAGAACUUUGUUCAGAGAAUCCGGAUGCGAGGGAGUAAUGUCCGCUCGAGGUAUCCUGAAUAAUCCGGCAUUAUUUUCCGGACAUUCCACCACUCCGCUCGUUUGUCUUCAAGAUUGGCUGGAUAUCACAUCAACUGUACCAACUGAAUUCCAAUGUUUCCAUCAUCAUCUGGUAUUCAUGUUGGAAAAAGUUCUACCGAAGAAAGAUCGUGUAUUGUUCAAUAAUUUGCAGAACAGGUCGUCCGUAUUGGACUUUUUAGAAAACUAUUACGAUAUAAGGCCAGGUACUUCAUUUAAUUCGAUAGAGCUGACUAAGUGUACCUUUAAUACAUUGCACGUGCAGCAAAGAGAAAAGUAUAUUCACUUCUGGGAAGAUGAUACGUCCAGUGACCUUCUAGGAAAUAUAUUUAGCGAUAUAGCGUCGUAAAAAGUACAGCGUUUUUCAUCUACGCAAAUGUUAAAGUUAUUAAUUAGCUAUAUUUUCUACAUCAGGUAUAUUUUAAUUUUAUAACUUUAUAGACGAAAAAUGUAUUUUGUAACAAGAGAUAUUUUUAAAAACCUUAUCUUCGAU